GCCGCAAGGCAGAUCGUGGCUAAAUGUGCUGUGGCUACACGGAGCCCCGAGUACCCCAACCCGAUCUGGCGAGCAGCAGAGACUUCCAAAGGUUACUUAUCAGUGCUUCUCCAAGAGCUUGGGGACUCCGCAGUCCCAGACUUCCAUGCGACCGCCUUGGGCGCGGUAGAUAACAGGUGGCAGUGACUUUUUGAGACCAGAUUUGCGACCCUCGUGACCUGGACAACCCCUCUCUCAGGACCCUUAGGGCAAGUCGCACAACUGCUGGAUUCACAGAUUGCAAAGAAAUGCUGAGAAGUAAAUAAAACUUUCCUCUUCCACCUUGGACAUUUAUCAUGGGUAUCGGGAAAUCUAAAGUAGGGAUCUGCCCUUUUUCUCUCUCUUGGGGUAAAAGCCACAGUGUUUAUACAAGUCAAGACCAUCGUGAGUCAGAGCCCAAGAAAUUGGAAGACAUCUCCUUGGGUGAUGUUGUGGAGCAGAACAAUACCACAGAGGAGCAAAUAGGUGGGCAGGAAGGAGCUGAGGCGAGGGAAGAAAUUCCUGAAGUGGAAGCAGAAGAAGAGGUGUUCCUUAAAUUUGUGAUACUGCAUGCAGAAGAUGACACAGACGAAGCCCUCCGGGUCCAGAAUCUGCUACAAAAUGACUUUGGUAUCAAGCCUGGAAUCAUCUUUGCUGAGAUGCCAUGUGGCCGACCACAUUUACAGAAUUUAGAUGAUGCUGUCAAUGGGUCUGCGUGGACAAUCCUAUUAUUGACUGAGAACUUUUUAAGAGAUACCUGGUGUAAUUUUCAGUUCUAUACAUCCCUAAUGAAUUCGGUGAACAGGCAGCACAAAUACAACUCUGUCAUACCUAUGCGGCCCCUGAACAGUCCCCUUCCCAGGGAAAGGACUCCCUUUGCUCUGCAAACCAUCAACGCCUUAGAGGAAGAAAGUCGUGGCUUUUCUACACAAGUAGAAAGAAUUUUUCAGGAGUCUGUAUAUAAGACACAACAAACUAUAUGGAGAGAGACAAGGAAUUUGGCACAAAGACAAUUUAUUGCCUGAGGUGAAACACAGAACACAUGGCGGGCUCCUGUUUAGUUGUAAGCCAAAUGAUUAAUCUUCUCUUGAGAAAGCAAUUUCUGAGAAAUGUUUUAAUAAAAGAGCCUGCCCUUACAGAAACCUGUGGAGCACAAGAAACAUACAUUUCUGCUGGAUCAUCUGUAGAAUUGUGGUACUCUUUGAUGUUUCAGUGAACUCAAGAACCUUCCUCUCAUGGUUUUCCUUGUUCACAGAUAUGACAAAAGAUAUUCUCAUUUCAUAUUCCUUGAAUCGAGCCUUGAACAAAAGCACAUAUGACAGAUAUUUUCAAAAUGUGACACCACUUCAGUCUCUGAAUUUUGUUCUCAAAAGACACAUAAAAGAAAAUGACCCCAAGAAGUCUGACCACCCUCCUUUUGAGGCACUUGUGAAUGUUUCAAGAAAGCAUUCCAGGAACUGAGACCCAGAAAUACUGGUUGCCAGAAUAGAACAUUUAGAAUGUUGAGUGCUGAUGAAUGUGAAAUCAGAAAUAGAUGUGAGAAUGGGAGGGUUUUUAAAAAGAAUACAGUCAAAUGUGUUUUUUCUUUCUGCUGGAAUUUGCAUAUUUGGAGGCAAUUCCCACCACUGAUUAACAGUCCUUUUGACAGUGUGGUCUUUAGAGACUCCAUGGAAUGGUGGUAGGACUCCAUAGUGUGGCAGUUAGGGACUCUGGAGAUGUGCCUGGCCCCAGACUCUCCAUGUUAGUCACCAUCUGUAACCAGGGUUUUAUUUUCAGAGCUUCUGAAAAGCAUGAUUGUGUGUGAUUAGCGAGAUAUUCUCAUUUAAAAUCAAUAACCGCUCUUAUAAUAGUCUUUUAGAAGUUUUCUUCACCUACAGUGUUCUACUCUGUGACCUGACUCUGUGUGUGUGUGUGUGUUUCUGAUUAUUUUUAAAGGCUUAAGGGAGAAGUAGAAAUGUGUUUUAUCACUUCUGCUUGUAAUGCCUCAUGCUCAUACAAGCCAAAGAGACCCCAAACAGACCUAUCCCUUUCCCUCACAGCCCUUCUGCCCAUCCGAGAUUGUGGGAGUGCCACCAAGUGCAGAUGGGGGAUGAAAUGAGAAAAGCAUUCAUGGCGGGCAGGAGACAUGAUUCUGGCCCAAUCUCUGCCACUAAGGAUGGAUGUGACAGGGAACAAGUUACUUACUCUCCUUUAGCCGUGAAAUCAAAGUUGGAUUGAUGGCCUCUAAAGGCUUUUGUCCCCUCCUCGUUGUGAAAAACUAGGCCGCAAAAAAGGGAAUAAGCAGGGCUGGUGUUGUAGCUCAGUAGUUGAGUGCUUGCCUCACAUGUGUGAGGCACUGGGUUCGAUCCUCAGCACCACAUAAAUAAAUAAAUAAAUAAAGCAAAGAUAUUUAAAAGAAAAAAAAGGAAACAAAGCACAGAGAAUUUCACAAGGUAUUUUAUCAUAGUUGCAGAAGGCAUUGUGUAUGCCUACAAUAAAGGGUAUUUUUAUAUUUUUAGCAUUUUAGUGCUGUCCAUUAAACUUUCAUAGUCAUAUAUUUCUCAAGUAUUUUUUUAAAUACUUCUUUUAGAAUAUUUAUAUUUUAAUUAGAGGUGGACACAAUAUGUUUUAUU